AUGAAGAGGAUGCGAGAACCCUCUGAGAAGUCCAAGAAGGCGAAGAAAGCAAGGCUGGGAGAAUCCUCUGGGUCAAGACCUCCAGACCCUCUGGCUGGCUCUCCGACUACCACCACACUACCCGUUUCAGAAGCAGAAAUACUGAAUGAAACCACUUCACCAUCAUCAUCACCAUCUCCGCAAUCCCCACCAUACUACGAACUCUCCUCCGACACCGAACCAUAUGACCCUCAAUCACCCACUCUGGCUCAGCUACAAGCCCGUGCUCAGGCCUCUCAACAGCCAUCACACUCUGAACCUGAACCAGAAGUCAUUUCCCCAUCUCCUGAACAUUCAAAUCCCACCACAUCUGAACUAACACCACCACCUGCACAACAACCAAUCCACUCUGAACCACAACCAACCCAACCAUCAUCUGAACCACACCCAGAACCUGAACAAGUAACACAGUCACCCUCUGACAUUCCACCACCCAUCUCUUCCGCUGCCUCCAUCAUUCCCACACUCAACCUCAGUGCCCCAAACUCACCCUCUCCACCCUCCCUGGCAUCUGCCACUGAACCAGAAACUACCCUUCUUACCCUUGAAGAAGCAAUCCAGGUUUUUGUAGAGUCUUCAGUUGAGAAGGUCAAAGAAGCUGAAGCCAAGGCUGCCGCUGCCGCUGAUGCUGCUGCGGCUGAGGCUGAGGAAAAAGCUAAAGCUGAUGCUGAAGAAGCAGCUCGUAUUACUGAAGAAGCAGCUGCCAAAGCCAACGCUGAUGCACUGACUCAGGGGGAGCACUCCAACUCUGGGUUCGUCCCUCUAGUCUUGAAGAAUCUAGAGGAAUUGCAGAAAGAAGAACAGGUAGUUCGGGCCAGGCUGGAUCAACCGGACUCUGUCAACAUCAACAUUCAGAACAUGUCAUCCCAGCUGCUCCAACGGAUGCCUCCGCCUCCAAACCCUUAG